AACAAAUUAUAGAAGCCCAGAAAAAUGGAAAGUGUAGCUGGGUAGGUGCUUUCUCUUCAAUUUCUGACGAUCUUACCCAUCUAACUUGCCGUUUCUCAUCGCGUCCUGAGCGCGUAGUAAAAAAUGAGUUUUUUAUUCUUUUUCAAUUUAUUAAUUUCCGUGUUCAUCUCGAGCAAGUCAACUCCGAUAUAUACAUGUAUCAUGGUAAAUGCAAAACUGGGAGGUAAGAAGGGAUCUGUGAAGAAGAAGAAAAAUGAAGGGAAGUUAUGAUUACUACAAAGUAUUCGGCUUUAAUCGGAAGUUCAAGAUUACUGAACGACGGCCGCCGCCGGACGUGAUCGACGCAUUCAGUUUGUGCACCAACAGGGAGUUGCAAAUGUCGCCGGAUCAGUUCCGGCGGUUCUUGAUGGAGUUUCAGGGAGAAGAAGAUGUCGCAAUCGAUGAUGCAAAACAAAAAAUGGAGCAAGCGCUGCACCACUUCCGACCCAACUUCACACGCUGCUCUUUCACUAUUGAUGAUUUCUUCAAAUACCUGUUCCUCGAUGACCUUAAUGGACCCAUCACAUCUCAGGUACACCAUGAUAUGACUGCGCCAUUGCAACAUUACUUCAUAUAUACAGGCCACAACUCGUACCUUACAGGAAAUCAGCUCAACAGCGAUUGUAGUGAAGUACCAAUCAUAAAAGCUCUUCGAAGAGGCGUGAGGGUAAUCGAGCUCGAUUUAUGGCCAAAUAGUUCAAAAGACGGAAUUCAUGUUCUUCAUGGGAGGACUAUGACAACUCCGGUUGAUCUUUACAAAUGUUUGAAGUCCAUUAAAGAGCAUGCUUUUGUGAGUUCUCCUUAUCCAGUAAUCAUAACUUUAGAAGAUCAUCUUACAGCGAAUCUUCAGGCUAAAGUUGCUGAGAUGGUCACUGAAAUUUUUGAAGAUGUACUUUACUGCCCUGAGGCAGGAGGUAAUGAUGAAUUCCUUUCACCUGAUGCGUUAAAGCAUCGUAUCAUUCUUUCAACAAAACAACCAAAAGAGUACCUUGAAUCCAAGCUGGAUUCGGGUGAAGAAGAGCUGUUUGGGGUGGAAGAGACACCAUCCGACUUAAAAAACGAAACAGCAACUGAAGAAGUGUUGUCCAAAUUUGUUGCCAUUGACUUCGAUGAUGAAGAAAAUGAAGAUUUGGAAAAUGAGAAGCUGGGACAGAAAGCAGUUGUUAAGUACAACCAACUGAUUGGAAUUCAUACAGCAAAAGCAAAGAAUGGAUUGAGGAAGGCGUUAAGGGUGGGAUCAGGGAGAGGUAAACGUCUUAGUUUGAGUGAGCAAACUCUUGAAAGAGCUGCAUCUCUUUAUGGGACUGAUUUAGUCAGGUUUACUCAAAAGAAUAUCCUGAGAGUGUUCCCCAAGGGCACACGGGUAACUUCAACGAAUUUCAGACCAUUAGCUGCAUGGAUGCAUGGUGCUCAGAUGGUUGCAUUUAAUAUGCAGGGGUAUGGCAAAUCAUUGUGGAUGAUGCAUGGAAUGUUUCGUUCCAAUGGAGGGUGUGGUUAUGUUAAGAAACCUGAUUUUCUAAUGAAUAGGGGUCCUAAUGACGAGGUGUUUGAUCCAAAAGCAACGUUAGAAGUAAAGAUAACUUUGAGGGUGAAGGUAUAUAUGGGUGACGGGUGGCGUAUGGAUUUUAGCCAGACUCAUUUUGAUGCAUUCUCACCACCGGAUUUCUACACAAAGAUGUAUAUGGUUGGAGUCCCGGGUGAUGUUACCAAGAAAAAGACAAGAAUAAUCAAAGAUGAUUGGAUACCAAUUUGGGAUGAAGAGUUUACAUUCCCAUUAACAGUCCCUGAGUUGGCUUUAUUAAAGAUUGUUGUACGAGAACAUGAUGUAUCUGAGAAAGAUGACUUUGGUGGUCAAACAUGUUUGCCUGUGUCAGAAAUUAAAACCGGGAUUCGAACAGUUCCACUUCAUAACAAGAAAGGAGACAAAUUUGAUCAUGUCAAGCUUCUCAUGCGGUUUCAAUUUGAAUAAAAGAUUUCAUCAUUGUAUUUUGUUUGUAAAGGAUUUGAUCACUGUACUUUGUAACAAACAAAACUUGAAUGUUGUUCGAUUAGUUGCUAAAACAAAUUAGUAGUUUAAUGUUCUUCCAUUUA